AUGGCUCGAUGUCGUCGAUUGAUCAAUUGCUUUAGGAAAAGCGAUCAAUCCAUUCAGUGGUUGGAGAGUUUGGGUGCUCUUGGUCAAAAAGCGAUUGAUCAUUUUUUGGGUGAGCGAUCGAUUGUUCCAGUGCUAGAAGGCGCUGGGUGUUCUCAGGAAGAAAAUGACCGAUCACUAUGGGAUGGGUAG